CACCUGGUUCGCGUGUUCUAAAUGGGCUCACCCCGUACUUCUAAAAUUUAGAAAUGCGGGCUCGGCCCAUUAGAAAUCACUUUUUGUGCUGCUUCAAAACUAAGAGUGAACUGAUUGGUUCAAAGCAACCAAUCAAAACGAUCGCAACUCAUUACCUCGCAUUUCAAGAUGUCGGGUCGAAAGCGACGGAAGGUUCAUUGUAAACAACUCUAUUUGAAAGCGAAUUUUAGAUCUAAGGGCGCAAAAUGGUCAAAAAACAUACCACUCUCGGCCUCAGGAGGCACAUCUCGUAAGGCAGAAUCAAAGGAAUGUGAUAGCAACAGCUGUUUUGGAAGUGAGGGCAUUGUUUCGGAAGCUCYCGAAGACGCURGACAUUCCURUUAUCAAAGAAAAGUUUCUUCUAAACUGUCUUGGAAAGAUCUGCAAACCGACAUGCUUGCAUGUUAUGCCCAAGAGKCAUUCAUGCCGGAGGACRCUCAAUGUCGCAUUUGCGAAGAAGGGAAGGCUACGGUGCGCUGCAAAGACUGUGGUCACAGAGUGUUUCUCUGYCGUCCAUGUGCGCUUUCUUUACACAAAGACCGAAAUGUCUUUCAUUGUUUGGAGGUUAUGGAGAAUGGUAUAUUUCUUCCGCUGUUUAUCAACGAGGCGCCAUUACGUGUCCAUGGACACCGCUGUAAUACCAUGGAAGAUGUGCAACAGAUCGUCUGCUUUGAUCAACGUGGUAUUCAACAUCUCAAACAAAUUGUAUUUUGC